AUGCCAGCUCUUUCCAGUAUUGCAGAGUCGUUGUCUGAAAGAGAGGAGGAUUUCUACGAAGUACUCCCAAUUGGCAGUGACGAUGAUGGAAAAAGGAUACAGGCUGAUGAAGUGGAUGAGAAUGAUGUAAACAGUUUGCAGAAUUCAAUCAUUGACUGGACAGAAGAUGAAACAUGGACCCCAUCUAAAGACACAGAAGAAGUUUCUACCUCAGAGGAGGAAACAAGAGAGGAAGACAGUGAGUCUGACGACAGUGACACGGACUACAUACCAACAAUACGAAUCAGACCUGGAGCUUCACUUGCCUACAAUAUUGAUGAGCUUCCUGUGGCCACUGUGGAGGACAUUGUGUAUGAUGGCAUAGGACAAGACCCUCACCUCCCACCUUGUGAUGAUCCGUCCAUACCAUGCAACAGCAUCAGAGUUGAAACCCCAGAGGACAUUAGGAAGCGCUGUUCUACUGAAAUGGGUGUGUCUCAAUGUUUGAAGGAUGAAAGAGUUGUUGCACUUGGAGAUGCUAGAAUGGACAGCCCUGGUUUUUCGGCCCAAUACUGCACAUACACUGUGAUGGACAAUGGCAGUAAAAAGAUUAUGAAUAUUGCCAAUAAAGACAAGCGAGAAGCCCAGGGACAUUCCACCAUAAUGGAAAAGUUGGCAUUCAUUGAUAGUUUAGACAAACUUAGAAAUGAAGUCAAUAUUUCUGAGAUUUGUACUGAUGCGCAUACCCAGAUUUCUGCACUUUUCAGAACUGGAAUAUAUAACGAUUCUGGAGUGGAGCAUAGCUUCGAUAUGUGGCAUGGUGCGAAGAACCUCGGGAAACGAAUACAUGCUUCUGGCCAACAGCGGGAUUGCAAAAUUCUGUUGCAGUGGAAGAAAGACAUAUGCAAUCAUUUCUGGCCUACGUUGCCAGCACUUCGGCCUCUCGGGGCACGCCGACCCCGACCCAGUCCACGGCCCCUGGACGUAGACGGACGGGCUCGCUUAGGUGCUCUGCUCGUCGGGGUGAAAGGGGGUGAAUCCUCGUCAGAGGACGACUCUGCUGCAUGCGAACUCUAA